AUGUGGGAGUUCCGGUCCAUGGCGUUUUGGCGGGCGGUCUUCGCUGAGUUCUUCGGUACCAUGUUCUUUGUGUUUUUCGGCAUCGGCGCUGCGCUGCGCUGGACCACUGGGCCUCACCACAUCCUGCACGUAGCUCUGUGCUUCGGCUUGGCGGCUGCCACCAUCAUCCAGUCCAUUGGCCACAUCAGCGGCGGCCACAUUAACCCGGCCGUCACCUUCGCCUAUCUGGUAGGCUCCCAGAUGUCCCUGUUCCGCGCUUUUUUCUACUGGGUUGCCCAAUUUCUGGGGGCCGUGGCCGGGGCCGCCGUGCUCUAUGGGGUCACCCCAAAAAACAUGAGGGGCAACAUGGCUCUCAACAUGCUGCAGCCUGGCAUCAGCCUGGGCAUGGGCACCACAGUGGAGGUGUUUCUGACCAUGCAGCUGGUGAUUUGUAUCUUUGCCGUGACGGAUGAGAGGAGGAACGGACGCAUGGGCUCUGCUGCCCUGUCCAUCGGCUUCGCUGUCACAGUCGGACACCUCAUGGGGAUGUACUACACUGGUGCUGGAAUGAACCCUGCUAGAUCUUUCGCCCCUGCUGUGCUCUUCAGGAACUUUGUCAACCACUGGGUGUACUGGGUGGGUCCCAUGAUAGGAGGUGCGUUGGGCGCUCUUCUGUACGAUUUCAUGCUGUUUCCACGCAUGCGCGGUCUUUCUGAGCGCCUGGCCACACUGAAGGGCAGCCGACCCCCCGAGACGGAGACCCAGCAGGACGCCCGCGGGGAGCCCAUCGAGCUCAAGACACAAGCCCUAUAA